AUGAACACUGCUCUUACUAUGAAUCAAUCAACAGACAACAUAUCCAUGAAACCAAUUGAAAAAACUAAACGCAAACAAGUCAAAAAUGCCUGUGUCAAUUGCCAAAAGGCAUGCAAGAAGUGCGACGAUGGCAGACCUUGCAAACGAUGCAUUAAGCUCGGUUUAACAGCUACUUGCCGAGAUUCGGACCGCAAAGAACGUAAGAAGGGUGUUAAGCGCGGUCCAUACAAGAAGCGCCAAGCUUACAUCAAAGAUAAACCAGUGUUCCCCAAGGUAUUGACAGAGCAAGACUGGAAAGCACCCAUCUACGAACACAAUGUACCUCAGAUAUCUCAAGUACCUCAAGUACCAAGCCAUGCCAUCAAAGUUGAAUCGCCUGUCCAGUUUUUGGAGGAUUUCUACAUUCCAAGUCAACAGCAGCAGCCACAACAUCAACAGCAUGGUUUCUCACUAUCAUCUUUGUCACCAGCAAGCUCGAGUAGCUUUGUUGAUGAAUCGGAUGAAACGUUGCACUAUGCAUAUGGUUACAAUUACACAAACAGUACUAUCACCACCACAUCUAGCCCGUCGGCAACAAGCAUGCUAGACCACCAAGCUAUAUCUGGAAACGUAACGCCUAUCCAAGAUGAAUUUUAUUCGUGGGAUGAUAUUGAAAACUAUAGUGUUACUGCCUCACCAAUCGGUUAUAACCCGAUUGCAACCAACCACACUAGUGUUUUGAGCGAUCCCAUUAUCCAAUUCCAGGCAUACCCAACAACCAACUUUGAAUACAAGUGCCAACAGCAGAAAGAUCAAAUCCCCGCAGUAACGCCAUUAUCAUCAGCUGUUGGUUUGGAUCUGUCUUCUGUCUGGUUCAACAACACUGACAUGGCCCUGAACUUUACCACCACUUCAUCCACGAUUCCUCAAACACAGCAUUAUUUCGAAUACAAUAUACCAACUCAACAACAACAACCACAAGAUUUGCAUUAUCAUCAAGACACAUUUAAUCAACAACUCUACUUUUAA